AUGGCUAUCAAAUUCAAUCCCAUCCUUGUGACUCUCUUUGUGGUGGCUACCACCAUUCUCCUCCAUGUCUCGGACGCAAGACGCAUCCGGAGAGAGGCUUUGGCCGGAGAUUGGAAGCCCAUAACCAAUAUAACGGAGGAGGUGACAGAGAUAGGACAAUUUGCGGUGGAUGAACACAACAAAGAGGCCAAAACAACGUUAAAGUUUCAAAAAGUAAUAAAAGGAGAAACUCAAGUCGUUGAGGGAAUAAAUUAUCGAUUGGUCAUCGCAGCUAAGGACGGUGAUUUGACGCAUAACUACUUGGCUGUGGUGUGGGAAAAGCCAGGGGAGAAAUCUAGGAGCCUCACUUCCUUUAAACAAUUAUUAGAAGCAAAGAACAAAAAUGUAUUUUCACCUAAAUUUCAUUGA